CGCGCUCCUUUUUUCUUUUUCCCAACGCAGCCUUAGUGCUCUCCCUCAACCGUUUCCGUUUCCUUUUCCUUUUCUCUCAAAGAUUCAAUCGAAAAUUCUGGAGUUGUAUCAGAGUUACGGAGCACAAUCAGAGUUCAGGCGUUGCUUUUCCAUAGAUUGGGAAGAUCUUGGAGAAGGCCCUCGCACAAGGUAUGGACAAGAGUUGGAUAGAUUUAAAUGACAGAUGUCCCUGAUGCAUAUAAAUUUCAUUGCUUAAAGGUUAUUGGCAAUAGAUGGAGGGAUUGGAAGUGUCGGGUUAAGCAAAGAUGGUAUGACGCAUACUUGACCGAUGAACAACGAUUAUCCUUCACUCCUCCUCAAGUCACUACAGAUCAAUGGAAGACACUAGUAAAGUAUUGGGGCCUCCCUAAUAUAAAGGAAUAUUCUGAGGCAAAUAAGGCUAAUCGUGCACAUGGAGGUGCUCCUCAUCGGACUGGUCGUACUUCAUUUGCUCAAUUGAAACAUGAGAUGAGAGAGAAGGGAGAGAAAACGGAUCGGUUGAGCAUGUUUAUAAAAACAAGAACAAAGAAAACAAAGAAUGAUGACAGAGACCUUUUCGAUGAGGAAAGUGGCCACAUUAUUAAUCAAUUUAAUCAAUGCUUGGAAGAAAGGGAAGAGCAUGAGCAAGACGAGGAUUAUCGAGAGGAGGUGUUUACUAGAGUUAUGGGACCUGAUGCAUAUGGACGUGUUCGCAUGUAUGGAACAGGUAUAACUCCAUCUCAAGUGUUUUGUCAAAGUUCAAGAUCUUCCAAUGUUAAUGAGGACACCAUACGAGAAGAGGUAGAAAGACAAUAUAAGACUAAGAUAGAUGAUCUUAAGGCUAAGCAUGAAUCUGAAAUUGAAGAUCUCCGAUCCAAGUAUAGUGAAGUCAGUUCGAAACUCCAUCUCGUGAUGACUCAUAUUGGUUUCCAUGUUAACACAUCACCAAGUGGAAGUGGACAGGCUCCAAAUACAUCAAGCCAUCUACAAGAAACAUAUGGGAGUAAUGAGCAACAACCUCAGUUAGACCCAGAACCAUAGAAACAAUUGCUUCAUAAAAGGUUUGCAUGGAGAUUGUGAUGAAGAGUCUUGAUCAUAAUUAAACUCUUGAAUAUGUUGGAGCAUAUUUGAAAA